AUGGCAUCAUUAAUAAGUCGUGGUUUAACUCAAUUGAAAAGCAAGGAAAUGCGUGAUUAUUUAAUGAGCACGCAUUUCUGGGGACCAAUUGCCAAUUGGGGUUUGCCAUUAGCAGCUUUAGCUGAUUUAAAGAAAGAUCCGGAAAUUAUUAGUCCAAAAAUGACUGUUGCUUUAUGUCUUUACUCAAUGUUAUUUAUGCGUUUUGCUCUUCAAGUUAAACCAAAAAAUCGACUUUUAUUUGCUUGCCAUUUUGCUAAUGAAUGUGCACAAUUAAUGCAAUUAGCAAGAUUUCUUAAUUACAAAUAUGGAACACCACAACCAAUGAAACAAUAUCAAGUUCCAUCGACUACCGUCAAAUCAAAAGUUGAACCUGUUCGUUCAGCAUAA